AUGGGCGGCAACGCAUUCGCUCAAGCAGCGGCCGCUGGUCAACCGAAGCUCAACACACCACGGAUGACCCCCAAAGAAUACGACGAGCUCAAGUCGAUCUACCUCGCGAAGCUACAGAACUGCAUGCCUGCAGCCAAGGUGGCAUGUCUCGUCGAAGCGCCAGAGAAGGAAGACUACGGCGACAUGGACAUCUUGGUGGCUAUCGACCGCAAAAUGGACUUCAUCAACUUGGCCACCGCCAUCGGGGCUGCCGGACUCAUCUGCCACAGCAGCGGCGGACACCAGAUGUGCUCGCUCGCGGUUCCGAAAGAUGGGUCACGCCAUGGCGACCUUCCGGUCGUCUACAAGAUGGUCCAUGAGAAUGCGGUCCACCAAACUGGCGUUCAGCUUUCCAUCGAGACCACCGACGAGCAGUACGCUCAGAUCGACGUCGAAGUCAUCCCAACGGAGAUGCUGGAAUGGCACAUUUUCUACAGUUCUUACGGCGAUCUGUCUGGCCUACUCGGCCAUACUGUGAAGAAUCUGGGCUUGAGGAUCACUGACAGCGGGCUCUGGCUCCAGAUGAUCGAGCUUGAUGUCGCCAAGAGCGUCCCAGUGCACGACCUUGCGGAUAGCGAUGGUCGCAUCUUCUUGUCCAAGGAACCAGCGAAGGUCAUGGAGUUCAUGGGCCUGCGGGAGACGACUUUCGACAAGGGCUUCGCAACAUGCGAUGAGCUGUACUCUUGGGCAGCCAGCUCUCGCCUGCUGUUCCCAGAGACGGUCAAGAGCAGCUGGAACAAGUCUAAUGAAGGUCAGCGCGAGCGCAAGCGAGGAAUGUAUGCGGUGUACUUCAAGGAGUGGCUGCCUCUGCGGAUGGACAUGAAGCCGGACCAGGACGAGGAGGAAAGGCAGCAAGCGAUUGCAAGACUGCGUCAGGAUGUACAGAAUGAUGCUGUUGGGUUCUUUCGAAAGCGAGAAGAGUACGAUACCAAGCGCCAUGCGAUCAUACUGAAGACGCAGAACAUGAUUGCGGCGAACCACCUCAAGCCCUUGGUCGCCAAGCACAGUGGUACGGAGGGCAGGAAGCUAGCGGAGGUCUAUCGUGCGUUCCAGAGACAUGUCGACUUCGAUAGUCUUGGGCAACCGUAUGUGGCAGAGACCGCACACAAGAACGAGCAGUCGCAGCUCUACCGCUUUCUCGCAGACGACGGAAAGACUUUGAAGGAUCCGGAUGGUGCAGAUGCGUGGGUGAAGGAGCAUUGGGAAUUGUUGAAGACGAUGCUGCGGCAGAAAGGUGCUACUGGCGAAGCGCAUGCGGACAAGGGCGUGGUGGAUAAGGAGAAGGCUGCUGCAGGCGGAGAUUGA